GGCAUUGUUCGCGCGCCGCCGCCGCUGCCGCCCCGCCAUGGGCAUGGGGGCCGCCCGGCGUCCCGGGCCCGGCCUGGUGAGGCCGCCGCGCCGUCGCUGAAGCCGGCCCCGCUGGCGCGCGCAGCCAAGCUGCGCAGGUGAGGAGCCGCGGCUGCGCCAUGGUGGACCCAGUGGGCUUCGCCGAGGCGUGGAAGGCGCAGUUCCCGGACUCGGAGCCGCCGCGCAUGGACCUGCGCUCGGUGGGCGACAUCGAGCAGGAGCUGGAGCGCUGCAAGGCCUCCAUCCGGCGCCUGGAGCAGGAGGUGAACCAGGAGCGCUUCCGCAUGAUUUACCUGCAGACUCUGCUGGCCAAGGAGAAGAAGAGCUACGACCGGCAGCGUUGGGGCUUCCGGCGCGCCGCACAGCCCCCCGACGGCGCGGCCGAGCCCCGUGCGCCGCGCGCGCAGCCCGCGCCCGCUGAGGGCGCCGACCUGCCGGCCGCCGAUGAGUCCGAGGCCCGGCCCGACGGGGAGGGCUCCCCCGGCAAGGCCAGGCCCGCGGCCGCGCGCAGGCCCGGGCCCGCAGCCGCCGCCGAGCGAGACGACCGCGGGCCCCCCACCAGCGUGGCGGCGCUGCGCUCCAACUUCGAGAGGAUCCGCAAGGGCCCCGGCCAGCCCGCGGCGGCGGCGGACGCCGAGAAGCCCUUCUACGUGAACGUCGAGUUCCACCACGAGCGUGGCCUGGUGAAGGUCAACGACAAAGACGUGUCGGACCGCAUCAGCUCCCUGGGCAGCCAGGCCAUGCAGAUGGAGCGCAAGAAGUCGCAGCAGCAGGGCGCCGGGCCGGGCCCCGCAGACACCCCCAGGCCCUCAUAUCGCGGGCGCGCCUCCGAGGGCAGCGGCUGCGGCGGCCUCGAUGGCGACUAUGAGGACGUCGAGCUGAACCCGCGCUUCCUGAAGGACAACCUGAUCAACGCCAACGGCAGCGGCAGGCCCCCCUGGCCGCCCUUGGAGUACCAGCCCUACCAGAGCAUCUACGUCGGGGGCAUGAUGGUGGAAGGGGAGGCCAAGGGCUCGCUGCAGCGCAGCCAGAGCACCUCGGAGCAGGAGAAGCGCCUUACCUGGCCGCGGAGGUCCUAUUCCCCGCGGAGCUUCGAGGACAGCGGAGGCGGCUACACGCCGGACUGCAGCUCCAACGAGAACCUCACGUCCAGCGAGGAGGACUUCUCCUCCGGCCAGUCCAGCCGCGUGUCCCCGAGCCCCACCACCUACCGGCCCUUCCGGGACAAGAGCCGCUCGCCCUCGCAGAACUCCCAGCAGUCCUUCGACAGCAGUAGCCCCCCGACGCCCCAGUGCCAGAAGCGGCACCGCCAGGGCCCCGUCGUGGUGUCUGAGGCCACCAUCGUGGGCGUCCGCAAGACGGGGCAGAUCUGGCCUAGCGAUGGGGACAGCUUGUCUGGCAAGCUGUCUCAGGAUGGCGCCUUCCACGCAGACGCAGAUGCGUUGUUCGGGACGCCGCCGGGGUUCAGCUGUGCCUCGGAUCGGGCGGAGGAGCCGCGCCGGCCCCAGGACGGGCUGCCCUACAUCGAUGACUCGCCCGCCUCCUCGCCCCACCUCAGCAGCAAGGCCCGGGGUGGCAGGGACGCGGCAGAGCCCAGCAGAGCGAGUGAGCCGGACUUGGAAAAGGGCUCAGAGAUGAGAAAAUGGGUCCUGUCUGGCAUCCUGGCUAGCGAGGAGACUUACCUGAGCCACCUGGAGGCGCUGCUGCUGCCCAUGAAGCCUCUGAAGGCGGCUGCCACCACCUCUCAGCCCGUGCUGACGAGCCAGCAGAUCGAGACCAUCUUCUUCAAAGUGCCUGAGCUCUACGAGAUCCACAAGGACUUCUACGACGGGCUCCUGCCCCGCGUGCAGCGCUGGAGCGGCCAGCAGCGCGUGGGCGACCUCUUCCAGAAGCUGGCCAGCCAGCUGGGCGUGUACCGGGCCUUUGUGGACAACUAUGAAGUUGCCAUGGAAACAGCCGAGAAGUGCUGUCAGGCCAACGCUCAGUUUGCAGAAAUCUCUGAGAACCUUCGAGCCAGGAGCAACAAGGAGGCCAAGGACCAGACGACCAAGAACUCUCUGGAAACCCUGCUCUACAAGCCCGUGGACCGGGUGACCCGGAGCACACUGGUCCUGCACGACUUGCUGAAACACACGCCCCCCAGCCACCCUGACCACCCGCUGCUGCAGGACGCCCUCCGCAUCUCGCAGAACUUCCUAUCCAGCAUCAACGAGGAGAUCACGCCCCGCCGGCAGUCCAUGACCGUGAAGAAGGGAGAGCACCGGCAGCUGCUCAAGGACAGCUUCAUGGUGGAGCUGGUGGAGGGGGCCCGCAAGCUGCGGCACGUCUUCCUCUUCACCGACCUGCUGCUCUGCACCAAGCUUAAGAAGCAGAGCGGGGGCAAAACCCAGCAGUACGACUGCAAGUGGUACAUCCCGCUCACGGACCUCAGCUUCCAGACGGUGGACGAGUCUGAGGCUGCGCCCAACAUCCCCCUGGUGCUGGACGAGGAGCUGGACGCCAUGAAGAUCAAGAUCUCCCAGAUCAAGAGUGACAUCCAGAGAGAGAAGAGAGCGAACAAGGGCAGCAAGGCCAUCGAGAGGCUGAGGAAGAAGCUCUCGGAGCAGGAGUCGCUGCUGCUCCUCAUGUCCCCGAAUAUGGCCUUCCGCGUGCACAGCCGCAACGGGAAGAGUUACACGUUCCUGAUCUCCUCCGACUACGAGCGGGCCGAGUGGAGAGAGACCAUCCGGGAGCAGCAGAAGAAGUGUUUUAAGAGCUUCUCGCUGACGUCCGUGGAGCUGCAGAUGCUGACGAACUCGUGUGUCAAACUGCAGACCGUCCACAGCAUCCCACUGACCAUCAACAAGGAAGAUGACGAAUCUCCUGGGCUCUACGGGUUCCUGAAUGUCAUCGUCCACUCUGCCACCGGCUUUAAGCAGAGUUCAAGUCUCUACUGCACCCUGGAGGUGGAUUCCUUCGGCUACUUUGUAAAUAAAGCCAAGACGCGCGUCUACAGGGACACAGCCGAGCCCAAUUGGAACGAGGAGUUUGAGAUCGAGCUGGAAGGCUCGCAGACCCUGAGGAUCCUGUGCUACGAGAAGUGUUACCACAAGACCAGGCUCGCCAAGGAGGACGGCGGGGAGAGCACGGACAGGAUCGUGGGCAAGGGCCAGGCGCAGCUCGGGCUCCUCUCUGGCUGCAGUGAGCAGGGCUACGGUGGCUGCAGGGUGCGGGCUUCCCACCACCGCGGCUUCUCUCGUCUCGGAGCAGCACGGACUCUAGUGGGGGCUUCAGUGGCUGCAGCCCCCCGGGCGCUAGAACACACGCUCAGUGGUUGUGAGCCGCUAGCAUGCAGCACGCUCCUCCACAGCAGGUGGGUCUUCUCGGACCAGGGAUCGAACCCGUGUCUCCCACCCUGGCAGAGGAGGCCGCCUCGGUGGCCUUGAUGGACGGCGGGGCAUUGCCCAGACAGGGCUGUUCCGUGGGCGUCCCGAGCCGGACGCCUCUGAGCGCGGCGGUGUUCAGGCAGCUGCCUCGCGCUGGUCAUCGCUCGGGGCCUCGGUCAUUGCCUCUGCGCUCGAGGACGGCUGGCCUCCUUUGUACCCCUCCCCCGUUCCCUCCUGCACCUGCCCCCUGCCCCAGCGUUCAUCCCCCACACCCAGACUCUGCCUACACCUUGCCCAGCCCAUGGUGAGUUGGCAGGCUGGGCACCCGAUUCCUUUUCUCGACUUUGGUUCCUCCAACCUUGGACUUGACGUCAUCUGCAUUCUUCUGUGGGACUGGGGUCCCGGGGGUGGCGGGGUCUGAACCGGGGCCUCCGAGCACUGCUGCUGGGUAACUGGGGGUCUCAGACAGGAAAGGGAACACUCGUCUUCCUCCUUUAUGGAGUCAGGCUGUCUCUGGAAAGAGAGAUCGAACCGGGGUCUCCGCGUGGCGGGCAGAUUCUUUACUGUCUGAACCACCAGGGAGAGAGCGGUGGUAAUCAGAGAACAGCGGGACUGAGGGGGUCUCUGGCUGUGCUAUUCUAGUGGGAUUCUUGCUGAAGACAGGCCCGGGUCAUUCAGACGUCACCAGGGAAGGCGGGGAUGAACAGCGUGGUCACAGGUUGAGGAUGGUUAAAUAUUGACGGUGGGUUUUUUUAAUUUUUUUCUUAAAUACCUACCCUCUGUUCAUCUGGCUGCGUUGGGCCGUAGUUGCGGCACAGAAGAGCUGUCCUUCGGGGCCUGGACUUUGUGUUGUGGCCCUUGGGGAUCCUAGUUCUCCAACCAGGGAUUGAACCCACGACCCCCAGCACGGCAGGGCAGACUCAACCACCGGACCACCAGGGAAGUCCCUAGGGCAGGGGAUUUUUGCUUAACUGACUUAGCAGUUCAGUUCAGUUGCUCAGUCGUGUCCGACGCUUUGUCUUAGCAGGGUUCUUGCUAAAACCUGUCUCUUGGGGACAAGACCUGCAGGCGUGCCUCAGAGGUGCCGCAGGGAAGCGGAUCACAUGAGGUUUCUGGUUUCCCAGUGCGUGUCAAGGAUAUGCUGACACUGUACUGAGGUCGGAGUGUGCGAUCGCGUCGCCUGGAAAAAGCAGUGCAGGUGCCUUAAUGAAAAAACAAAACUUCCUUCCUGAGAAGUGCCAGCCAGCAUCUGACAACGCAGCGUUGCUCCAAACCUUCAACUUGUAAAAACGCAAAUGGCGGAGCACAGAAAAACGAGGGCUUGUCCGUAGCUGGAAAGCAGGUCAGAGGAGCCUGCAGACUCGGGUCCCACAGCCCCGCUGCCCCUCCUGGGACCUGGGGUGACUCAGAACUGUCAUCAGCCCCGGGGACGUCCUGGAGGGCGGGAGGGGGUCUGUGACUCAGGCUGGGGGCGGCCGGGCUUGUUUACGAGUCUGGAUCCUCAGCAGGAGGAAGGAAGGCAGUCAGGGGAGGCCGGUCAUGCUGACAUCAGCCCGGGACCCCAGCCAGCCGCCCCCCUCCCCCGUGGACGCGUAUCUCUGUGGGGGGCACCUCGGGGAGGCUGUCGGUGACUCCCGGGCCCAUCCUGCCUAAAUGGGGGCUUUCCCAGCAAUUCCAGGUGGUCUCCCAGCCCGGCCACGUGCGAGGGGCAGGUGGCCCUGCCUGUCCUGCUGUGGGGGAGGGGUGGCUACACCACGCACCCCGCCCCGAGUCCUCUCCCCCUCCCUCACACACACCUCAACUCAGAAACUGAGUGCAGAGCCCUUGCCAUGAGCAGAGGGCGGGCACAGCACCCCACAGUGUCCGAGGGGGGCGCGGGGAAAACCUGGAGCCAGCCCGGGUCAGCGGGCCCCAAGGGGCCAGGGGUGGAAACCGAACACGCUGUCAGGCCCGGAGGCAUCACAGUCGUCCGGGGAGCCGGGUCCUCGCCCCCCAGGUCAGGCUUCUGGAUCCACCCGAUCCCCCGGACUGUGUUGGGGAGUCCUGGGUUCAGGAACCACUGGCCUGGGAGCAGGGGGCGUCGCGAAUCCCUUCCUUCCGUUUUCCUUCUCUCGCCUCUGUGUGCAGUGUCUGUCUCUUCUGCUCAGAGGGUGACUUUACAUUGCUGUCGUUCGGCCCUCGGGGCACUUGCAUUCUCCCCCUGACCCCAGCCAGCCAGAGUGCGGGUGGGAGGCCUGGAGAUGCAUUGGGCAGGAGGAAGAUGGGCAGCGGGCAUCAGAUAAGUGCCACAGAGUCCCCAGGCCCACCUGCCAUCAGGGUUAUCUCAGGGCUGGCCACGAUCUGUUCCCUAUGGUCAUUCACGUGCCAGGGCCACUCGGGUGCUGGGAAGCGGGGGGGUGCUGGGGGGUGGUCAGAGGCGGCUGAGGUGCGAACGUGCCUCAGGGCAUCAGCGGUGACAGCCCCUUGGAGCGGGCAGGGCCACGGGGUCUCCGGCCCCAUGAACGCGAGAGGCGUGCAGAUGGCUGUUAACCGUCUGAGGCCAGUUUUAGGCUGUAGAAGUUGUGUGGAGCCACAGAGCCGCUCCGGGACUCAGCUUCCCAGAGCCUCUGCCGCUGCGAGGAGUGGUGCGGAGCGGCCCAGGCCCCCUUGCUCCAGCUGCGGUCCCGUGUGGGGCUCUACAUCUUUUUUUCACUGGCUGACAUCCACCGCAUCCCUUUCAAGUAGAGAAGCAGCCGGUGAAAAGUGAAAGUGUUAGUCACCCAGUCGUGUCCGGCUCUUUGGGACCCCUUGGACUGUAGCCUGUCAGGCUUCCCGAACCAGGGAUCAAACUCAGGUCUCCUGCAUUGCUGGCAGAUUCUUUACUGUCUGAGCCACCAGGGAGAUAGUCAGUGAUCUUAGUAAUUUACAGUGUUUUACGACUGUUAACAACAAUCGCGUUUGAGAAUAUUUCUGUCCUCUCAAAGCGGUUUCCCUGUCCCACCCCCGGGCCCAGGCUGAUGUGCUUUUUGUGUAUGGAUGUGCUCAGUCUAAAGAACCAACCUGCAGUGCAGGACAUGCAUGUUCGAUCCCUGGGUGGGGAAGAUGCCCUGGAGGAGGGCAUGGCAACCCACUGCAGCAUUCUUGUCUGGAGAAUUCCACGGACAGAGAGCCUGGCGGGCUACAGUCCAUGGGCUCGCGAAGAGGCGGACAUGACGUACUGACUCAACAAUUGCUCACGCUGCGUGUUUUGUGUAAACACACUCACACUCUGUGACGCGGUUUCCGUGACUGGCUUCCCCCACUUAGCAAAAUGUUUCUGAGGGUCACGCGCUCACAGUGCGUUCACCACUCUCCCUUUUUUGGCUGGGCCCUGCCUCACGCAUGUGUCCACACGGCACGUUUAGCUCCUGUCUGUUCUCUAGCUGGGGGGCACCUGGGCCGCUUCGAGUUCCCGGCCAUGACGGUGAGCGCUGUGUGAACGUGUCACGGUCGGCGUGAUGACAGACGGUUUCCUCCUUCCCGUGUGGAGAGCCGGGGGGAGUCGCUGGGUCGCCGCCAAGGUUGGCGCUCUGAGCUGUUGACCUGCUCUUCCCGAUCGCCUGCAGCAGUUCACGUCCCCGUGGAGGUGCCCGAGGGCUCCUGUUUCUCAGCAUCCUCGACAAGCCCGUUACUGUUUGUUUCUUAUUUAUUGGGGUGCAUUGGGUCUUUGCUGUGGCACUUGGGGUCCCUGCCACGUCAUGCAGGCUCUUUCGUCGCCGGACGUGGACUCCCUAGGUGUGGCUUGAGGGCUGAGUUCCCGAACCAGGGCUCGAACUCGCAUCCCCUACCUUGCCUGGUGGAUUCUCAACCAUGGUACCACCCGGGGAGGUCCCCUCUCUUUUUUGAUCAGAGCUGUCCUCUGGGUCUUGGGGUGGUGCUGGAGCGUGGUUGGGGUCGGGGGAGGGCAGGAAGGAGUUAAGGACACAGAGGUCAGAGCUCCAGGAAUGCAGUAGAGAGACAGAGGCUGGAGGGCCGUGUCCCCUCCCCGGGGGCGGGGGCGUCUCUGGUUCCCUCUAGGGACCACUCCUGAGAGCAGGUUACAGGGUGAGACACGUGGGGCUUGGUCCGGAGGGCCGGGGAGGCCCCACUGGCCCGUCCUGGGCGCUGAGCACAUCCCGGAGAUAACCGCAGUCUCCAAGGAGGCGGGUGAGGAGGGAGCCACGUGCCCUGUCUUGGUUCUGCCGCCGCCCGGGCGGGUGGACGAGAGAAUGCUCUGAGAGUGUCCGUCAGGCCGUCCAUCCCUGACCACCAGGCCGCCUCGGCCUUCCAGGCAGCGCUGGGGGCAGCCGUCCACCAGGCCUGCCACCCACCCUUGUUCCCUGGGGGUGCCCCGUGCCCAGCCCUGGGGGAGGCGAGUGGAGAUGCAGACCUCUGUCUGGGGAGGCACCCUGCCUACCCAGCCCCGUUGUCCUGAGUGGCUGGCGCAUUCCUCCCGGACCCCAUGCGCCCUGGGCUUUCCCGAAGGCGCUGGCCCUUUCCUGGUCCUCCCCCAGUGUGCUCCGUUCCCGGCCCGGGUUCCCCGCUUGUUUACUUCCCUGUGCCGUAAAUAGCCCAGGCGGGAGCACGUCCGCUGCGAGCACUGUUUGUGGACGGAGCCCGGCCGCGGGGGGCCGUCCUCACGUGGCUUCCGCCCGCUCUGUUUGUUGGAGCCGGGCCAGCCUGUGGACCGUCUCCCCCCCACCCCCCGGGGCCGGAGGGCAGGCAGGUGGAGGGGUGGACGGCGGCGCUGAGCCCCUGGUCCCUGGGCCGAGCAGCCGGUUCUGGGGGCUGUGGGGCGUUCUCCCACCUGAGUCCGGCCCCGGCAGGGAUGGAUGGGGUCGCCGCUGUGGCUCUCGCAGGACCUAGGAGCAGGGGGCCUGUCCAGCCGUGCGGAGGGCUGGCCGGGCAGACACAGGUUACUCAGCGUCUCCAAACUGCCCGGCAGGAAACCGGCCACUUGAGAAGGAAGCAUGGCUUUUUUGGGCUCUGGAGGGAAAGUGUGACGCAUCGGGGUUCCCGUAACCAACAGGCCACCCGUGGGGGUGUUUUUCCCACGCAAACAAAACGGAGAACCGGCACGAUGGGACUGGGCGAGCCUGCGGGGGCGGGGCUUCCUGAGAACCGGGUCAAAAGGCUGCGGGGUCGGAGCCUGGCACACUCCAGCCCGAUGCUGCUGCCCGGCCGCUGUCCCAUCCACCGCGCCGCUGCCUCGCCGCCAGCCCCUCGGGCA